AUGAUUCCAAAAUGUUAAAAUGCCUAUGAUUACAAUGACUUCAAAAACAAUAAUGGAUAUCCAUAAAUAUUAACACAUCACAUAUCUCCGAUAAAGAAUAUAUUGGCACCAAGUAGGUAGGAAAUACUAAUUGAUAUCCUAUAAAGCAAAUUUAAUGGUUUUAUCAAAGAAGUUGAAUUGGCUAAAUAAAAGAUUAUAAAGGUUAUUAAAGACUGUUCAGAAAAUAAUAUAUUUACUAUAUAAGACAAGCCAAUUAAUUUUGAUGAUUACAUGAAUUUUAUAGAAAUCAACACCAAGAAUUAUUUGCAUGAGAUAAAAAACCAUCAUAAACUUACAAUUAAUUUGAUAACGCAAGAGAGUUCAGAAAUAACACAUUAAUCGUCUUCUUUUGAUAUGUAACAAAUAUGUGAUAAAUGCUAAGUGAUGGUUGAGAAAGACUUAGUAUAAUUGGAUUGUUUUCAUUGCUAUCAUUAGAAAUGUGUAGGGGAUUACAUUAAGAUUUAAAUUAACAAUAGUUGCAAGACCUUAAGAUGCUUAAAUUGCUAAUAGAAAGUUAAAACUUCAAUACUAAGAAAAUUUGUUCCCUUUUAGUUAAUAGAUAAAAUGUUUAAGGAAUAGUUGAAAUCCAUAAAAAACAGCUUUUUGCCUAAUCAAAUUUUCUGUUGCAAAAAACCUGGAUGCAAUUACUUUUGCAUACGUCAACUUGGAAUAAAAGGAUUAUUUAGAUGUCAGAUUUGUGAAAGCCUUAUAAAUAACUGA